GUCUUGAUUUCUCUCAGUUUCAAUUACCUCUCGGUUUCAAUUACUCUAGUCUCAUCUUGAUUUCUCUCUGUUUCAAUUCCAUUACUCUCAUCUCAAUCUUGAUUUCUCUCCUUCUGAUUCUCUUCUCACUGUAAUAAUUCACGAUUUUAGUCUGAAUCUUGAAAUAUAAAUACUUCACAUUCAAAAAAGAUCACAAUCAUGGGGGAUGAUGAUGGUGGAUCAGACAAUCAUUCCAGGCCUCAAACAAAAAGCUUCAAGAAAGAUGAGUUGAAGGCCAAGAAGAAGGCAUUCUUGGCAAGAAAAGAAUGUAUAAAGAAGAAGACAAUGGAAUUAUCUGUUUUGUGUGAUGUCAAGGCUUGUGCUGUGAUCUUAGGCCCUGAUGGGAAGAUAGAAACGUGGCCCGAGAAUCGCAGCGAUGUACAGGAUGUGAUCGACUUGUUCAAAAAAGACUGCCUUAAUAACAAGAAGCGAAAACAUAACAAUAAUGAUCAUGGUUGUAAGAAGAAGCAGGUUUUGGGAGGUGAUGAUGGGGUUGUAGAAGAUUUUCUGAAAAAGCUUGAGAACAAAUUAGAUCAAGUCAAGAAACGGAUAAAGGAGAUUAAGACCAAAGAUCAAGAAACAGGUUCAGCGUCUGAACUUGGCAACCUGUUGAGUGGGGGCAUUCCUCCUAAUGCUUGGCCUCCAAAAAGUUCACAAAAUCUGAGCUCAUAUUUUAAUGCUGGCAUGCUUGGUUUUGGAAAUCAGUUGCCUGGGAAUAUUGUGUCUUCUACUCCAGGCUAUUUUGGUGGCUUUCCGAACAAUGUUGAAGGUAUGCAUUUGGGACCUGUGGUUUCUUCUGCACCUAUGUCACAACUGGGUUUUCAGCCAGAACAAUACUUGCCAUGUUCCUUGCGGCUACAAUCUUCAAAUGCAGCAUCUUUCUCCACGACCCAAAGUUUGCAUAUGCCAUACUCUGCUGGUCAUACUCCUUACAGUACAGGAUUUCAACAGAAUUGCAUUGAUAACAGUGAUAAUUCCUUUUGGAUUGAACCGCCCAUAUUUCAAGAGACAUCGUCUUCUAAUCCAACCAUGGAAAUACCUUGCUACUUCGAUUAUAAAUUUGAUGAGAUACAUGGAUUUGAGCAGGCCAGACAAAUUCCAUUGUCAUUUGAUCAGUGUGAUCCUGGAUUUGAACUCGCUGGCGAUGAGAUGUCAUCUCUUAAUCAAACCAUGGAAACGCCUUGCUUAUUUGAUUAUCAAGUUGAUGAGAUACAUGGAUUUGAGCAGGCCAGACAGAUUCCAUUGUCGUUUGAUCAGUAUGGUACUGAAUUUGAGCUCUCUACCACUGAAAAUGAUCGUUCCAAUACUAGUGUGGAAUGGACAGAGAAUCAAAUCUGCACAACCCAACCAAGUCCUCUAAGUUCAUGUUUUUCAGUCACAAGUAUGACACUCCCAGAAGAGGACGAACUUGAUGUUCUUCUAGAACUUCAGCAGAAUGCACCGACCCUCGACUGCUUCAACCCUGACUUUGGCUUAAUGGGUACAUUAGGUUUUCCAUAAUGUAACAGUUCAGUAGUUUAUAUGCUAGAGAUUAUCUUUCACAAAGAAAACUCUUCAAAAAAAACAUUCCAAGAAACAGCUAUAAUCAUCUUAUGCGUUAUCAAACAGAAGCUGUUUUUCCCUGCCUUGGACCAUUUUAUUAAUUUCCAUUAGCUUCUGAGUCUUUGGCACGACUUCUUUAAAAGCAUCAUGUGAACAAAAUUUCUCCGCCCAUUGUCCAAGCUCGGGGUCUUGUGUUGAUCAAGAAAUUUCCUGCCAUUUAUUUCCUCUGUCGCUUUAAGCCAUCCCAUGUAGGAACCUAGUGCAAUAUCAAGGUAACCG